AUGAACAAUGCCGCUAAGAUAGAACAGAUGCUCGUUCGUGGUCAAGUUUUUGCUCGAAUGUCCCCUGAUGAAAAGCAUGAGCUUGUUGAGAAGCUUCAAUCCCUUGACUACGGUUGUGGAUUCUGCGGGGAUGGUGCCAACGACUGCGGUGCUCUUAAGGCCGCAGACGUGGGCAUAUCUCUUUCUGAAGCAGAGGCUUCUGUGGCUGCCCCAUUCACCAGUAGGAUCUUCGAUAUAUCAUGCGUUCCAAAACUCAUCAGGGAAGGAAGGGCAGCGUUAGUUACAAGCUUUUGCUGUUUCAAGUACAUGAGUCUUUACUCUGCCAUUCAGUUUACUUCUGUCAGCUUCCUUUACGCGACUGCUUCGAACCUGGGGGAUUUCCAGUUUCUCUACAUUGACCUGGUGAUAAUUUUGCCUGUGGCUAUAUUCAUUCUAUGCCGCAAGAGACCAACUGCAAAUCUUGUUUCACGGAAGGUCUUGACUCCUCUGCUUGGACAAAUUCUUAUAUGCAUUCUCAUUCAAGCCACUGCAUAUGAGACUGUGCAAAUUCCUGAAUGCCAUGAGGAUACCAACAUCAAGAACUCACAGAAUACCGCCCUGUUCCUUGUCUCUUGCUACCAGUAUGUAUUCUCGGGUGUCGUUCUGAGUGCUGGCAGGCCAUUCCGAAAGCCAGCAACAUCUAAUGUUCCGUUCGUGGCCACAAUUAUCAUUAUUCUCCUCUUCUCUUCUUAUAUGCUCUUCCAACCCGCCAAAUGGCUGUACAAGCUGAUGGAGCUUACAUACAUGUCCCCUGAGUUCAAGACCUGGAUUUUAAUCCUUGCAUUGGGCGGUUUUGCAGCCGCAUGGGUUUGUGAGAACCACAUAUUCCCCAAACUUGCACGCGGCAUUGGACGCUUAAAUCGCUGGUUACGUCCACAUACGAAAAAGCAACGCCGUCGAUACAAGGUCCUGCUUGAGGGCGGUCAAUAA